UCAAAAUUAGCCGAUGCAGUUUUCAUAAACAAAAACUCCAAAACAUUCCAAAGAAAGUGGGUUAAACCCUUCGACGAUACUGCUUCCUACAAAUCACUUAUUGGAAGGCGGCAGCCAUAACCGCACAAGGAAAAACCUUGAGAAAAAUGAAGAAACCUGCUCAUCAAAAUCAAAAUCAAAAUCAAAAUCAAAAAACAGACGACGACAUUUUCGCAUCAUGCACCUUUGCAAGUCUUGGUCUUCAACCUUCCUUAUGCGACCAACUUCGAGAGAGAUUAGGUUUUGAAACUCCAACACAAGUUCAAGCUCAAGCAAUUCCUGUUAUCUUAUCUGGCCACCAUGUACUUGUUAAUGCUGCAACUGGGACUGGUAAAACUGUUGCUUAUUUGGCUCCAAUUAUUCAUCACUUGCACAAGUAUGCGCCUCGAAUUCAGAGAGUGGAUGGAACUUUUGCAUUGGUACUUGUACCAACGCGUGAAUUAUGCAUGCAGGUUUAUGAAAUUUUACAAAAGCUGCUGCACCGAUUUCAUUGGAUUGUUCCAGGAUACAUAAUGGGGGGUGAGAAUAGGUCAAAAGAAAAGGCGAGGUUGCGGAAAGGUAUAACUAUACUUGUUGCAACUCCUGGCCGUCUUUUGGAUCACUUAAAGAACACAUCAUCAUUCUUGCAUACAAAUUUGCGUUGGUUGAUUUUUGAUGAAGCAGAUAGGAUAUUGGAAUUGGGAUUUGGUAAAGAAAUCGAAGAGAUACUUGAUUAUUUCGGCUCAAGGAAGCACAACUUAAGCUGUGAAGAAAGUGGUGGUUCUAAAAUUUCUGACUUUCAAAGGCAAAAUCUGCUUUUUUCAGCUACCUUAAAUGAGAAGGUCAACCAUCUUGCAAAAAUUAGUCUAGAAAAUCCAGUUAUGAUUGGUCUUGCUGAAAGGAAGGUCCAAAAAAAUUCAUCUUCCAAGCAUUUUGGCUCGGUAGGAUCUGAGGAGGUAGAUGAGGCAGAGCACUGUGUGAGAGUUGUAGACUCUUCAAGUGGAGAUUACAACCUCCCAUCUCAACUAAUUCAGAGAUAUGUCAAAGUGACCUGUGGUUCACGGCUUGCAGUUCUUCUUUCUAUUCUCAAGAAUCUUUUCGAAAGAGAACCUACCCAAAAGGUCGUUGUCUUCUUUUCAUCUUGUGAUGCUGUGGACUUCCAUUAUACACUUUUAAAGGAGUUUCAGUGGCCACAGAAAGAAAACAAAGAGAAACAGCUUUUUAUGAACUGCAAAACUUUCCGCUUACAUGGGAACAUGGAGCAUGAGGAGCGAAAAACUACAUAUCAUGCCAUCAAAACAGAAAAAUCUGCGCUUCUUUUAUCAAGUGAUGUUUCUGCGAGAGGGUUAGACUUCCCUAAAGUUAGAUAUAUCAUACAAUAUGAUUCCCCAGGAGAGGCGACUGAAUAUGUUCAUAGGGUUGGUAGAACAGCUCGCUUGGGCCAGAAGGGAGAUUCAUUAUUAUUUCUACAACCCAUUGAAACGGACUAUUUGCAAGAUUUGAAAAAGCACGGUGUAUCGCUAACAGAGUAUCCACUUCAAAAAGUGUUGGACAGUUUCCCAUUAUAUGGUCAGAAGCACCUCGCAAAAAAGUUUAUUUCAGUUGAGAUGCAUCCUUGGUUAGUGGCUCUACAGAAGGCUCUGGAGGCAUUUAUAUCUGCUGAGGCAAAGCUGAAUAAGAUGGCAAAAGCCGCGUUUGUUUCUUGGGUUCGAGCAUAUACAGCACAUAAAGCAGAGUUAAAACGGAUAUUCACGGUGAAGAAACUCCAUCUGGGUCAUGUCGCUAAAAGUUUUGCUCUGAAAGACCAGCCCUCUUUGGUAGGGAAGUCAGUACACAAGCAGAUAAAAAAGAGGAAAAAGAAUGAGCAGAAGCAAACAAGACAGUCGAAGAAGCGACGGGUCACUAUUAACACAUAAAUGCAGAUUGAAAGGACGUAUUCACGUAAGGUAGCAAAUCUUCUUCAUCUUUCUGCUGGCAACUCGGCAGAUAAUGCAACUUAUACAUGGCAUUGCAUCAAGACAAAUUAUGAUUUAUAGGGCAUGUGAUAUGUUUGCUGAUGUGGUCAAGAUGAGGUCCGUUUUCUUUUAACUUAUCUUUCCCCUAUUUAAAGCUACCUGGUUGGCUUUGACAAUGAUUGAGCCAAGUUCCAAAGCUACUUUCAACUCGUCAAGCCUUUUCGGCAUCUUCCUCUAGUUGGUCCCAACGAUUCUACAAAAUAGCCACGUACAGCAUUUUGUGGAUCUCAUGUAUUUGGUAUCAUCCCCUUGUUCAUACACAGCGACGUUGAAAUUUCAUUUUUAGUUAAGCUUGGUUUAUAUUGCUCAUUUCAUAUGAUUGUAAUAUAUCUAAUUUUGUUUCCCCUCUUAAAGUGAAAGGGACUACACUUACUUGGGGGUUUUAUUUUUUUUUUAUACUGAUAAAAUCAUAAUGAUAUGUUUUAAUUUAGGUUGAACCCCACAAA